AACCUACUCUGUUUACUCAGCUAUUGCUCCUGAAAAACAGAAGUGGUGACUAAAACCCUGUCAGGCGUUCCUUUUCCAUUUGGUUUUUGAAGAGCCUUCUAAUUCAAGGGGCUGUUUUUGUCUCAUUAUGAAACCUUUCCUUGUACUAGUACUCUGCUGUAGUUUUUUCUCCAGCAGAGCCACCCCUCUUCCAUUUGAGUUUUCGGACUGUGAUGACCCUGAUGUCUUUAGAGCUGUCGACACAGCACUGAAGAAAUACAAUGGAGACAUAGCAACUGGUAAUCAAUUUGCUCUAUACAUGGUGAUGGAAGCCAAGAGAACUGCAGGGCCUGACACACAAUUCUAUGUGAAAUACCGAAUACAAGAAACCACUUGUGCCAUUGAGGAAAACAAACUCUGGCAAGACUGUGAUUACAAAGUACCUGCAGAGGCUAAAACAGGAGAAUGCACAGCUCGAGUUCACAUGAAUGACGCUGAAAAAACAAGUAAUGUUUCGCAAGACUGCAAAAUUUUUCCAGCUACGCCAAAGAUAAGACUUACUGAGGCUGUCUGUACUGGAUGCUUCCAUCCUAUAUCGAGUGACAGUUCAAAAGUGUCAGAAAUUCUGAAAAAAGCCAUUCAAAAGUUUAAUAGGCACAGUACUGAACCUGCCCUUUUUAAGCUUGUGGAGAUAAAAGAAGCUAAAAUACAGGUGGUAGCUGGAUGGAAUUACAUAAUUAAAUAUGAAAUUGAGGAAACUAAUUGCUCCAAAGAACAAUUUCAAGAUUUAACUCCAGAGUGCAAACCCACUUCUAGAGGUCGUGUAGGUAAAUGUGAUGCCAAAGCAUAUGAAAAUCUUCAAGAGCAGCUUGUAGACACUGCAAGCCAAUGCAAGCUUCCAGUUGAAGAGACGGUAAUUCCUGCCACUCGCACUGGUUGUCCAAAGACCAUCCCAAAAGACAGUCCUGAACUGAAGGAACUACUGAAGGUUUCUCUGGAGAAGUAUAAUUCGGAGAGCAACGAUGACUUCUACUAUAAAGCUGGAGAAAUAAAAGCAGCGACAGUUCAGGUGGUUGCAGGACAAAACUACCAUAUAACAUUCACAGUCCAGAAGACAAACUGCUCCAAGAAAGAGUUUGAAAAAUUUAAUGAAGACUGUGAAGCCACAUCAGACAGUGUACCACAGCCAUGUGAAGCACAAAUUCACGUGAUCCCAUGGGACAAUAAAAUCUUUCCACAGGUGAACUGCUCUAAAGAACGGUCAAUGGAAGUACUUAUAAGAAGGCCUCCUGGAUUCACACCUUUCCGAAGUGCUGCUAUGCUGGCCCAGUCAAAUGGAAUUUUAUGCUCUGAUAAAAAUGAAGAAGAAAGGGAAAGACCUGGCAAAGAAACAAGAAAAGAUGGUGGACAGGAACCAGAAGGUGAAGGUGAACCUGAGCAUAAGCACAGGCAUAAACACGGGCAUAAACACGGGCAUAAACACAGGCACGGAUAUAAAAAGGAUCAUGAGUAUGACAAAAGGCAUAGGCAUCAAAUUGGUUGUGGGCACAGAGAGGGCCACAGGUGUGGGCAUAAAAAGCACAGUAGAAAUGGUAAACAUAAACAUGCAGACCUCAAAUCUUCUGAGGAGUCCGAUGAAAGGGGUUUUAAUCAAAACAAAACCCUCCCAUCGUCCAGUGCUGAAACAGCAUCAGAGCUAGUUAAUCCAGGGAUUGCAGAAAAGGAAGCCAGUAUGGCUGCAGAACCACUAACUCCUCCUGAUACUUCUUUAUUUAAUGGGUUGCCAGAUCACACAGGAUCUCCUCUCCCCAGAUGUCCUGGAAAACCAUGGAAACAAAUUAUGGACCUUCCAGCUCCUUCUAGCUUUCCCAGAGAAUUCACAAAUGAGGAUCUCUUGCCUUCCGCAGUAGAAGACAUCGAUCCAGCAACAGAAAACUCAACACCUCAAAACAAAGAGAAAGACCUUGAUCUCUCAGAUGCUUUACUAUAAUUCAAACAUUGUAGGAUCCUUUCCAGAAAUUAUACAUAGAAAAAUAAGAAAAAUACUGCCUUUUGAACUGUAUAAAAUAUGAGGAGGACAAAGCUCCUAUUCUGUUACUAUGAUAACUCAAGCAGGUCACCAGCACUUCUGCAGACCUAAGACCAUACAACAAUACUCUGUAUUUGCAUAUAUUUGCAAAGAUGUAAAUCUGGCAAUGGCACCAGCAAUUCAGAACCAGUCUAGUAAAGGGACCAGGCAAGUCAAUAUCCUUCUGCUGCAGAAGUUAAAAUUGUACCUCAUCUGCCUCAAGUUGCUAUAAGCACAAAGUGAAUCACUGCAUUAAAUCCCACUACGUGAUGUUUAAAACAAUGACACAAAGAAUUCUGGAGAUUACAUGAAGAAUCUCAACCAAAUAUGGGCAAGAAAAAAGCAAGCUAAUAUAGAACAAGGAUGCCUGCAUUAGAUAUCUGAAAUAAUAUCUUUCUAAUUUACUGGAGCGAAUCUUUUAAAGAACAAAAAAAAAUAA